UAUAUAAUCCCUAAGGCCUUGCACAUUCAACUCAUAAUGACAAGUUGACAACAAACAUAUUUUAGUACAUAGGAAUAAUAUCAUCUUAUGGAUUGGUGUGGCAUAUUCUGAUGCUAUGCCAUUUUAUACUUUCCGGCGAUUUAACGGCUAUUAGGUGUAUGUGUUGCUUGUCCUGUUGAUACAGCACAAAGUUGGUGCUUGUUCUUUCUAUAAUGUCGUGUGAAUGAAUAGCUGAAGAAAGCCAGCUUGUUAUUGUGAUGUCAACACGCAUAAUUCUUGGAAAAAGAUGGAUUCUACUUCCAAGAACUCUCCCUUUUGCUUAAAAUGGCCUUGGGAUGUCCAUAACCAAAACCCGAAGAACCCUUCGCCUUGUACCUUUGAAACUCCUUUUCUAUUCAAGCCAUUCAAGAUUCUUGGCUCUGGAGUGUUUAAUUUCAUCCAAAAUAUAUCAAAACCCCUACCUUUAUCACCCGGAUUUAAUUCCCAGUCGAACGGUGGAGUCAACCGAAAUAAUACCUUGAAGUUAGUGAAGAAGAAAUUGACUCCUGCAGAGCAAGCGGAGAUCGAGCAGAGUGCAUUAGCGUCUGUCUUGGCCAGUGGAAAAGAGGGUACUGUAAUUGAAUUUUACUCCCCAAAGUGCCAGCUCUGCAAUUCUUUGGUUAAUUUUGUUAAUGAAGUUGAGAACAGGAACUCUGAUUGGCUCAACAUUGUUAUGGCUGAUGCAGAGAAUGACCAAUGGUUGCCUGAGCUUCUCCAUUAUGACAUAAACUAUGUUCCUUGCUUUGUUCUACUGGACAAAAACGGGAUGGCACUUGCAAAGACGGGUGUUCCAAGUAGCCGUCUGCAUGUUGUGGCUGGCGUUUCUCAUCUCCUCAAACUGAAACGUCCGCAACACAAAUAGUGCGCCUUUGGUUGAUACAACAGCAGACGAGGUUGUUGGCUUGUCGCAGUAAAUUGCAUGUAAAACAGUUUUUAGUUGUAGGGAUCGACAGUGUGGAACAAGUAAUGUAGUAGUUAUCAAGUAGAAGACCUUUACUUGAAUUAGUCUGUAGCUUUGUAAUCCAUUUUGGAUAUGCUGUUAUAUGAAGGUAAAUUAAUUUACAUA